AUGAUUGUUGAUUGGGACAUAUACUCCUACAGGUCUCCAACAGAUCAGGUGGCUGACCUGCACCAAACCAGGAGUCAGAUACGGAAAGUCUGUUUGACCAUCCUGUGUCUGAGUGUCACACUAGGGCCAUUGGUGACUUUCAGGACCAACUCAACUCAAGCUUGCUCCAUUCCUCCCCCUUUCCACUCUAACUGCCCUGUUCACACUGCCAAAUACACUAUAACACCAGUCAAGGGUUCAACGCAUCUAAGGAUGUCUGCAUACAAGGACCACAGGGGAAGGGGAGCCAUGUGCAUCAUUGCCAUGGUCAACAGAGACCGACCCACAUCUCUGUACUGUGUGUUUUGCUGCUCUGGACAGGCCCCCCAGGGCGCUCCAGAUGAUGUCGUAAUGCACAGCAUCCACUAUGGAUACCCGUAUGCGGCCGCAGACCUGCUUUGCCUCGAAGGACCAGGAAGGACCAGGAUGCAACGCCAAGCACGUCUCUCACCACACACCUCGAGAGCCAGGACGCCCUCAACCAGACGUUUCUGACUAUCCAGAACAGGGAGAUGCGGGAGGAGGACUUCCCCUUUUACCUCACCGUGUGCAUGUCCAGCAUGUUUGGAGACUACAACAACGUCCAUCAGUUUGUCAAGACCAUUGAGUUUUACAAGCUCCUGGGGGUACGGAAGGUGUUCCUCUACCUCACCAGCUGUGGACCUGGAGAAGGUCCUCCAGUACUACGCAGAGGAGGGCACUCUGGAGGUGAUCGACAGGCCCAUCAACCACUUCCUCAAGACCUCUACUGGGUGGGAGGCCCAGGAGCUGGAAGGGGACAUCCACCUCAACGGCCAGCUGACCACCAUGAACGAGUAG